AUGCCACUACGCAUCGGAAUCGUGGGCGCAGGCUUGGUCGGCAGUGCCGCGGUGCUGGCGCUCUCGCGGCUGCCGGAUGCUGAGGUGGUAGCCUUUGAGAAAGCCCCGAGCGCGCGAGAGGCCGGUGCGUGGAUCAGUCUCACGGUCACCGGGCUCAAGGUGCUGACCAAGCUGAUCCCCCCGGCCGAAAUCAGUGCCAUUGCCUAUCGACCGCCCGACCGGGCCGUCUAUGUGACACGGCACUGGCGGACAGGCGCGGUGCUGCUCCGCAACUACUCGUCCGACCAUCUCAAGGACGACUACGUGCAGGCGCGCACCCACAGAGAGCCGCUGCUGAAGCUGCUCCUGUCGCACGUACCAACGGGCGCCAUCCAGUACGGGCAGCCUGUUGUCGGCGUGGAGCUGGCGCCGAAUGACAUAGACAAAGACGGCGCCCGGGGCCCCGUGCGGCUGCUGUUCGCGAACCCCGACGGCGGCACGACGCCAACGUCCCGGGACUUUGACAUUGUCGUGGCGGCCGAUGGUCUGUACUCGCCCAUUCGACGCCAGUUCUGGCCGGACCACCGCGUGUCCUUUGAGGGUGCCGUGGCGUACAGAACGAUAUUUCCAGCCGCGCGCGUCGCGGGCAUCGCAGGCCUGCACGACGACUCCUCGGCAUGGCGCCGAGACGGGGAGGUCGUCUUUCUCUCGGCGCUGGGCCUGGGCAUGUACGGCGUCGUGAUCAUCCGGGACGAGACGCCAGAGUACAUGGACCGGACGGGCCUGCGCUGGGAGCACCCGAUUGGAGCGGCGGGCGUGGCCCGGCUGCGCGGGCUGUACGCGGACUGGGACCCCCUCAUCGGCCGGGUCCUCGCUGUGGUCGACGGCAUGGACGCAUAUCCGCUCGACUCCGGCCCGUGGUUGCAGCAGCUGGCCCAAGCGGACCGCAUCGCGUUUGUCGGCGACGCAGCACACCCGACGGCCGGCGCAUACGGCGCGGGCGCGGCCAUGGGAUUUGGGGACUGCUGGGCCCUGUACCGCGCGCUGUCGGCCAGCCGAUCGGCCGCUGCGGACGAACAGCCUGCUUCGACGGGCCAGAGCGCGCACAGGUACGACAUCGCCAAGGCGCUGCGCAUUUUCGAGCAGGCCCGUCUUCCGUUUCUGCUCCGCGUCGAGGAGCAAAUGGAACUGGACGGCCGCGAUGGGCGGUACGUCUCGGCGGCGGCGGCCGACGAACAGGAGUGGAUGCGGCGCUAUGUGGAGCGCAAUCCCUCUAGCAAUUGGCUCACGGAGCACGAUGUCGAACUCGAGGUGCAAAAUGCCAUCAUGCGGCACUUGGAUAGCUGA